AUGGUUGGAAGUACGCUGGCUCUCCGGGCUAACGCCAUGCAAUUGUCGUCGCUGUCGCGCAGGUCGCUCACGACGCGGUCGCCUGUCCAGGCUCUGCGCGCAUCGCAGUCCCUGACCCAGCAGGUCGCUCUGCGUGCCGCUCGUCGCCCUUAUUCCGAUGCUGCCCUUCCGCCAGCUCCGAAGCCCAAAAAACGAUUCCGAUUCCUGCGAUGGACCUACCGUCUGACGCUGUUGGCCGGUCUUGCCUUGGUCGGCGACGUCGCUUACAACAUCUACGACCAACGUCAUCCCAUUGAGCAAUUCGUGCCCGACCCCAGCAAGAAGACCCUCGUGAUUCUUGGAACUGGAUGGGGUUCCGUUUCUCUUCUCAAGAAGCUCGACACCGAAAACUACAACGUUGUCGUCAUCUCGCCCCGUAACUACUUCCUUUUCACUCCCCUGCUUCCCUCUUGCACAACUGGCCAAAUUGAGCACCGCUCUAUCAUGGAGCCCAUCCGAAGCAUCCUCCGUCACAAGAAGGCCCACGUGAAGUUCUACGAAGCCGAAGCCACCAAGGUCGACUACGAGAAGCGCGUGGUGUACAUUAGCGACGACUCGGAAAUCAAGGGUGACAUCUCCCACACCGAGGUCCCCUUCGACAUGCUCGUCAUGGGUGUUGGCGCGGAGAACGCGACUUUCGGUAUCAAGGGUGUCAAGGAGAACUCUUGCUUCCUGAAGGAGGUUGGGGAUGCCCAAAAGAUCCGCAAGCGCAUCAUGGACUGCGUUGAGACUGCCAUGUUCAAGGACCAGUCCGAGGAGGAGAUCAAGCGUCUUCUGCACAUGGUUGUCGUCGGUGGUGGCCCGACCGGUGUUGAAUUCGCCGGUGAGCUUCAAGAUUUCUUCGAGCACGACUUGAGGAAGUGGGUUCCUGAGAUCCAGGAGAACUUCCGCGUCACUCUUGUCGAAGCUCUGCCCAACGUGCUUCCUAUGUUCUCCAAGCAGCUGAUCGACUACACCGAAUCGACCUUCAAAGAAGAAUCCAUCACCAUCCGCACCAAGACCAUGGUCAAGAACGUCACCGACAAGUACAUUGAAGCCGAGAUCUCUAACCCCGACGGAACCAAGGAGCUCGAGACCAUCCCCUACGGUCUGCUUGUUUGGGCCACCGGUAACGCUCUCCGCCCCAUCGUUCGCGACCUCAUGAGCCAGCUCCCCGCCCAGAAGAACUCCCGCCGUGGUCUUGCUGUCAACGAAUACCUCGUUGUGAACGGCACUGAGAACGUUUGGGCCGUAGGAGACUGCGCUAUCACCAACUACGCUCCUACCGCCCAGGUCGCCAGUCAGGAAGGUGCAUUCCUUGCCCGUCUCUUCAAUACCAUGGCCAAGACCGAGGCCAUUGAGAAGGACCUCCAGAGACUCUCUGAAGCUCAGUCGGCCGCCAAGACCGAUGAGGAGCGCAACCAGAUCUUCGAUGAAAUCCGUGACCACCAGCGCCAGCUGCGGAGAACUAAGCAGAUUGGUCCCUUCCAGUACUCCCACCAGGGAAGUAUGGCCUACAUUGGAAAGGAGCGUGCUGUUGCGGACAUCAGCUGGCUGAGCGGCAACAUUGCGAGCGGUGGAACUAUGACCUACCUCUUCUGGCGUAGUGCUUAUCUGAGCAUGUGCUUCAGCACCCGCAACCGUGUCCUCGUUGCCCUUGACUGGAUCAAGGCCAGACUCUUCGGCCGUGACGUGUCUCGCGAGUAA